UAAUGUAACGCUGACUGGCGCAGAUUUCUGUUGACUACAGCAGAGUGUGGUCAAUUGAUCUAUUAGCGCGAAUAAAGUGACAAGGGUAAUUUAUGACCCUGACUUGUAGAUUCAAUUGCAUGCCUAUCUGACAUUGAAAGCAAUCAGCAAGCGUUACGACAUAACAAACUACAAAGAGGCAGUGGAUCGAGCAAAAUGAUUUUAGAAGAAUAUAAGGAAAUUGUAGGAUCGUGUGCCGCAUACAUCACGAUGUUACAAAUGUUAGCCGGAACAGUCAUAUGUAAAGAUAUAUACCAGAAAAGUACAUCUAAAGGUGUUGAUCCAAUGCCCUUUGUUGGUGCCAUAGGAGUAUGUAUAUUGAUGCUUCGAUAUGCAUUGAUGUUAGAUGAUCCUGCAAUGAUAAAUGUUAAUGUAUUUGGUAUUGUUACAAAUACAGCAUAUAUGAUAGUAUAUUACUAUUUUGCUCCAAACAAGAGAAAUAUACUAAACCUAAUAGGCAAAGCAACAUUAUUUGUCAUAUUCUUCCUUGUGUAUGCACAAAUAGAACAUCCAUCAAAUGUUGAAUUUAGGUUUGGCAUAGCGGUUACUGUACUUCUCCUUUUUUUAAUUGCAUCUCCUCUUGUACAUCUUGGGGAAAUCAUAAAAACAAAAAACACGGACAUACUUCCAUUUCCACUUAUAUUCAUGGGGACUUUAGUUUCCUUCAGCUGGUUAUUGUACGGUUUUAUCAUUGACAAUGCUUUCAUUAUGUUCCAGAAUGCAGUUGGUCUUACGCUUAGUAUAAUUCAACUAUCUCUUUUUGCAAUAUUUCCGUCAGGAAAUUCAGAGGAUAGACUGUUAAGCAAGCAAAGAAAAGAAGAUUGAAUAGGGCUUUCAAAAAAGACAUAUUUGUUGCAAAAUUAAAGUUAUAUUCUUAUAAAAUAUUUAUCUUAUAAAGUAUUUAUAAAAUAGCAACAAUUUUAUUAGUGAUUGUAUAUAUACAUAAAAUGAGUUUUAGUUUGGAUUACAACUUUUUACUAUA